UCAAUCGUUUAGUUUCAGGUAGGUGAUGCGUUUCCAUAUCCGUACUUUUCUACAUUCUUCUACCUGAUUCUACGAAGGAGUUUGUUGGAAUAAAGAGUUAAAUAAUAUAUCGAAUAAUAGCUUGAGUUUUUUUCGUUCAAUUCUCACCACCGCUGAAUUUCUCACCGAUAAUCGAAGGUGACCAGGGUCCAUAUUACUUGAUAUACUUGUUAUAUCUUCGGAUUUGGCAUGGCACAGUAUUUGGAUUCCGAGGCGGACGUGAGCGAGGGGGAGGAAGAACUGGAUCAGAAUGAGAGAAAGAAGCUGAAGAAGCUGAAGGCGAUGGAAGAGAGCGACGACGAAGAGGAAGAUGAUGAGGAUCAGUUACGUGAAGAAUUGAAAGAUUUGAUCGAUGACAAUCCCAUAGAGGAAAGCGAAGGUGAAGAUAGUGAUGGCUCGGAUCGUCACAAGAAGCGUAAACAAAGUGACGAUGAGGAUUUUGAUGAUCGCUUGGAAGAUGAAGAUUAUGAUUUGAUCGAAGAAAAUUUAGGUGUUAGACUUGAGAGGAAACGUUUUAAACGUCUUCGAAGAAUUCAGGACGAGGAAUCAGAGGAGGAGCAAGAAAAGGAAGUGGAUGAUGAAAGGGAUGCUAUUGCAAAUGAGUUGUUUGAAGCUUCCGGAGAUGAAAGGGACAUUAUCACGGAGGACGAAAGACGAAGCGAACGUAGUCACAGACCAGAGGCAGAGACCUUUGAAGAAGGCAGUGAUGAAGGGGAAUACACUGACGCAGAUGAUUUUAUUGUGGAUGACGAUGGCAGACCUAUUGCUGAGAAAAGGAAGAAGAAGAAGCCAAUAUUUUCCGACGCAGCAUUGCAAGAAGCGCAAGAUAUUUUUGGCGUUGACUUCGAUUACGAUGAAUUCGGUAAAUACGGCGAAGAGGAUUACGAGGAGGAAGAGGAGGAAGAAGAGGAGGAUGAAUACUUGGACGAGGAUGUCGACACCGAACGACCGCGACGGCCUAAGAAGCAGCUAAAGAAGAAGACAACGAGAAAGAGUAUUUUUGAGAUUUACGAACCCAGCGAAUUGAAACGUGGUCACUUCACCGAUAUGGAUAACGAGAUACGGAACACGGAUAUACCGGAAAGAAUGCAACUGCGAUCCGUACCAGUGACGUCGGUUCCAGAGGGCUCCAACGAGCUCGACCUCGAGGCCGAGUGGCUGUACAAACAAGCAUUUUGCAAGCCGACGAUCUCCAUUCAAGACGCUCACUUGAACGCCGAAGCCAAGGAAAGGGCGCGAAAGGGUCCGCAGACCGUCGGCAAGAUAAAGAAAGCCCUGGAUUUUAUGCGCAAUCAAUAUUUCGAGGUCCCCUUCAUAUCCUUCUACAGGAAGGAGUACGUGCUGCCCGAGCUGAACAUCAACGAUCUGUGGAAGGUAUACAAAUUCGAUGCUAAAUGGUGUCAGCUGCGUCAGCGGAAGGAGAACGUGCUCAAGCUGUUCGAGAAGAUGCGCAACUAUCAGCAUGACGAGAUUAUGAAGAAUAAGGACGCGCCGCUGCCGGACAACGUGCGACCGAUCGAGGACGACGACAUCGAGCGGCUGAAGAAUGUACAGACCAGCGAGGAGCUCAACGACGUCUACCACCACUUCAUGUUGUACUAUUCCCAUGAAAUCCCGGCGAUGCAGGAAGCCGUGCGACAGAAGGAGAAGGAGGCCCGGCGCGAGGAGAGGAUCCAGCGACGCAAGCAGCAGAUCGCCGAGGCGGAGGAGAACGGGGAAGAUCCGCCAGAGGAGGACGAGAUCCAGGAAGAGGAGGAGGUCGACGAGACGCUGAAGCAGGCGGUGAGGAGCGGCCCGUACUCCAUCUGUCGGAAGGCCGGCCUCGACGGUCUCGCCAAGAAGUUCGGUCUCACGCCCGAGCAGUACGCCGAGAAUCUACGCGACAAUUAUCAGCGUCACGAGAUGGAUCAGGAGCCGACCGAGCCGACGAGCAUCGCGAGCGAGUACUGCGGCUCGCGAUUCAAGACCGCGGACGAGGUGCUGAAGGCUGCCCAACUGAUGGUGGCGAUUCAGCUGGCGCGCGAGCCCCUGGUGCGCAAAUGCGUGCGCGAGAUGUACAUGGAACGCGCCAAGAUCUCCGUGAAGCCGACGAAGAAGGGUAUCAAAGAGAUCGACGAGAAUCAUCCCAUCUACACGAUGAAGUACAUGAAGGACAAGCCGGUGCGCGAUCUCGUCGGCGUGCAGUUCUUGAAUCUGGCGAUCGCUGAGGAGGAUAAACUCAUCACGAUCACCCUGAGCGACGCGAUCGAGGGCAACACCAGCGGCAAUUACGUGGAUGAGAUGAAACAGCUCUACUGCAAGGACGAGUUCAGCAAACUCGUGCAGGAUUGGAACGCCCUGCGCGUCGGUAGCGUCGAGCUCGCGCUCAAUCGCAUGGUGAUACCCCACCUGAAGAAGGAACUGCGAGCGAACCUGAUAGCCGAGGCUAAGGAAUGCGUGAUGCGCGCCUGCUGCCGCAAGAUGUACAACUGGAUUAAAGUCGCACCGUACAGCUGCGAGUUCCCCGAGGAGGAAGAUGAAGAGUGGGACACCAGUAAGGGCCUCCGGGUCAUGGGCCUGGCUUACGUGCCCGAUUACUCCCAGGCGGCCUUUAGCUGCCUGAUCGCAGCCGACGGCGAGUGCACGGAUUAUCUGCGUCUGGCGCAUCUGAUGAAGCGCAAGAACAGCUAUCGCGAGGACGAGAAACUGAUGAAGGAGGCGGAUUUGUUGGCGCUGAGAAAUUUCAUAGCCACGAAGAAGCCGCAUGUUAUAACGAUAGCCGGUGAGUCUCGGGAGGCGACUAUGAUCGCGGACGACAUCAAGGAUUGCAUAACCACGCUGAUGGGAGAGGAGCAGUUUCCAAGUAUCCAAGUGGAGAUCUGCGACAACGAGCUCGCGAAGAUCUAUUCCAACAGUAACAAGGGCAAAUCCGAAUUUCGGGACUAUCCGGAACUGCUGCGCCAGGCGAUCUCGCUGGCGCGGAGGAUGCAGGAUCCUCUGGUAGAAUUCUCGCAAUUAUGCACCGCGGACGAGGAGAUUCUCUGCCUCAGGUAUCAUAGUCUGCAGGAUCAACUGCCCAAGGAGGAGCUGCUGGAGAAUCUGUACCUCGAGUUUGUGAAUCGCGUGAACGAAGUCGGUGUGGACGUGAACAAGGCGGUUCAGCAGGCUUACUGCGGCAACCUUGUGCAAUUCGUUUGCGGCCUCGGCCCGCGGAAGGGCCAGGCGCUGAUCAAGAUGCUGAAGCAGACGAAUCAGAGACUGGAGAAUAGGACCCAGCUGGUCACCGCGUGUCAUAUGGGCCCGAAGGUGUUUAUCAAUUGCGCCGGCUUUAUCAAGAUCGACACCAACAGUCUGGGCGACAGCACCGAGGCCUAUGUCGAGGUGCUUGACGGCUCGCGGGUCCAUCCCGAGACCUAUGAGUGGGCUAGGAAGAUGGCGGUCGAUGCACUGGAGUACGACGACGAGGACGCGAAUCCCGCGGGCGCUCUAGAGGAGAUCCUAGAGUCGCCGGAGCGUCUGAAGGACCUGGAUCUCGACGCGUUUGCGGAGGAGCUCGAGCGACAGGGUUUCGGUAACAAGUGCGUCACUUUGUACGACAUCAGGGCCGAGCUGAACAGCCGCUACAAGGACCUACGCGUACCGUAUCAGUCGCCGAACGCUGAGAAGCUGUUCGACAUCCUGACGAAGGAGACACCCGAAACUUUCUACGUCGGCAAGCUGGUUCUGGUCAAGGUCGUCGGCAUCAGCCACCGAAAGCCUCAAGGCGAGCAGCUCGAUCAGGCGAAUCCGGUGCGCAACGAGGAGACCUGCCUGUGGCAAUGUCCGUUCUGUUUGAAGAACGACUUUCCCGAAUUGUCGGAGGUGUGGAAUCACUUCGACGCCGGCGCCUGUCCGGGCAAGGCCGUCGGCGUGAGACUGCGACUUGACAACGGUAUAUCCGGCUAUAUUCAUAUCAAGAAUCUGUCCGACCGACACGUCGCCAAUCCUUGCGAGAGAGUUUGUAUCGGUCAGACCAUUCAUUGCCGUAUUAUUAAAAUCGAAGUAGAUCGAUUCAGUGUCGAAUGCACCAGCAAAAGUAGUGACCUCACGGACAAAAAUCAUGAGUGGAGGCCGCAACGAGAUCCAUUUUACGACACCGAGGCCGAACAGAAGGACAUGAAGGUGGAGGAGGACGCGAAGAAGGCGAAACAGCGGCAGAUUUACGUGAAGCGAGUGAUUGUCCAUCCGUCUUUCCAUAACAUCAGCUUCGCUGAAACCGUGAAACUGAUGCAGACGAUGAAGCAGGGCGAGGCAAUAGUCAGACCGAGCAGCAAAGGCGCCGAUCACCUGACGGUCACGUGGAAGGUCACCGACGAUAUUCUGCAGCACAUCGAUGUACGGGAGGAGGGCAAGGAGAACGCUUUCUCGUUGGGGCAGAGCCUCUGGAUCGGCAACGAAGAGUUCGAGGAUCUGGACGAGAUCAUCGCCCGACAUGUUAAUCCCAUGGCUGCUUACGCGUCCGAAAUGCUGGACUUCAAGUACUACAAGCCAGCCGUGGAGGGAAUCAAAGACAAAGCGGAGGAGAUACUGAAGGAUCAAAAGAAGGAGAACCCCGGUGGAAUUCCUUACAUAGUCUCUGCAGCUAGGACCUAUCCUGGAAAGUUUCUGCUUUCAUAUUUGCCACGCACUCGUUGUCGCCAUGAAUACGUCACAGUGACGUCCGAGGGCUUCAAAUUCCGGGGACAAAUGUUCCCUAAGGUGAGCGACCUGUUGCGCUGGUUUAAGGAACACUUCAGAGAUCCGGUGCCCGGACAAUCCACUCCUAGUACACCUCGCGGCGCAAUGACUUCUAGAACACCUUACAAUACUACGCCGGGAGCAGUCAGCGGAAUGAAUCAAGAGGCGAUCCAGCGAGUCGCGCAGAAUCUUCCGCACCACAUGUUGCACUCGCUAUCGCAGGUAGCGAAUCAGACGCCGCAUCACUAUCCACCGCACACCCCGGGAACGGCCAGUGCUGCCGGUUACGGCGGGGUGCACACGUAUCCGAACACACCUUACACACCGUCCGGUCAGACCCCGUUCAUGACCCCAUACCAGACGCCCCAUCACACGCCCCAUCACGGCCAGCCGACACCCAGAUACGGUCAACAGACACCGAGUCAUCAUCAGGGACCCUUCGUGCAUCCGCCGCCGCCCUCAAUGACGCCUGGUCAUCACAGAUCCGCCCAGUCGCACAGACCUACGCCACCCAUGUCGACCCCCUCUGGCGAUCCUAUGGAUUGGAAGAAGGCAGCCGAAGCCUGGGCGCGUCUAAAAGGCAAUCCCCGAGUCUCCGGAUCAACGCCCAAAUACGAGGAAUCUAGGAAGACCCCGCGUGGCUACGAAGAAUCAGCCGGCAGGAUGACGCCCUCUGGUAGGAGCAGACCUUCUUCUACGCGGACUCCCUCGUACAAGUCUCCCCGAGGUACUCCGCACACAAAUUCUAGUCCACGAAGUAUGUCCCUCAGCGGGGACGGUACGCCCCUGUACGAUGAGAGCUAACGGAGUCGUCGGCAACUUGUGCAUAUAAUUAUAUAGUUGAUUAUCUUUAUUAGUUACGUCAUAUCACGUAAACAUACGUAUGUCGAGCGACAAGAAUGACAAUUUUGACGUCUGUUUUAUCGUUGGAUCGGAGACGUUGAUAACUUGCGUUAAAUUCAAGGCUCCUGGGUCCUCGAUCAUGUUAGAUUGUGACGUCAGAGGCGAAAAUUUUUUAAAGUGUGCUAAAACCAUCUGAAGCAGUGUUUCAUCGAAUUUUUAUUUAAAAAUGGCAUUUUAGAAUUUUUAGCGUGUGUUUUCUCAUCUCUGACGUUACAAUUUUAAUAUGAACGUCGAAAUAUAUAUAUCUGAUAUACAGGGUGUUCCAUUUAUUUAUCGUUCCUCGUAACUUUGCAAGGAGCGGUCAUAGAGAAAAAUGUAUCAGACAAAAGUUGUAGAGUUUAGAGGGAGUCAUCUAAUGGUGAUCUUGAGCUUGACCUAGGGGUCAAAAUUGAAGGUCAAUAUAAAAAUUUUAAAUUAAAAUAUUUUUAUAGUGUUUUGGAAAGCUGU